UAAAAGAAAAAGAGGUGGGAGGGAGGGAGGGAGAGAGAGAGAGAAAAGACACUCCCUCACACAUACAUUUCUCUUCAGAUCAGAUCGUAAAAAAUCCACGCUUCCAAAGAAUCCAAACCCUAACUUCUCUAGUUUUCCCCCAUUUCUUGUUUCCCAGAUCCACUUUCUCAGUUCAAUUCAUCUCUCCCUCUCUAUACAACAGAUCAUAUAUAUCUUUAUUUGGUAGGGAUUUGAAUUUUGAUUGGUGGACUAGAGCUUGUGAAUUUGAGGCAAAUGGCGUCGAUAAAGGGGGUAAGUAGAUCGGCGUCCGUCGCUUUGGCGCCGGACGCGCCGUACAUGGCGGCGGGGACCAUGGCGGGGGCCGUGGAUCUGUCGUUCAGUUCAUCAGCCAGUCUCGAGAUAUUCAAGCUCGAUUUCCAGUCCGAAGAUUGGGAGCUGCCUCUUGUUGGCGAGUCGCCGAGCUCUGAGCGCUUCAACCGCCUCUCUUGGGGCAAGGCCACUGCCGGAUCCGCUUCCGAGCAGUUCUCGCUCGGUCUUAUUGCGGGUGGGCUCGUCGACGGAACCAUUGAUAUCUGGAACCCCCUUGGUCUGAUCCGCCCUGAAGGAAAUGAAAAUGCUCUUGUUGGACAUCUCUCACGGCAUAAAGGGCCAGUGCGUGGUCUUGAAUUUAAUACCAUCACACCAAACCUACUUGCAUCUGGGGCUGAUGAUGGUGAAAUUUGCAUAUGGGAUUUGGCAAACCCUGCAGAACCUUCUCAUUUUCCACCCCUAAGGGGUGGCAGCUCAACUGCACAAGGAGAGAUUUCGUGCUUAUCUUGGAAUAGCAAGGUUCAACAUGUAUUGGCAUCCACUUCAUAUAAUGGGACAACUGUGGUUUGGGACCUAAAGAAGCAAAAGCCAGUAAUAAGCUUUUCGGACCCCGUUAGAAGGAGGUGCUCUGUUUUGCAGUGGAAUCCUGAUUUUGCUACUCAUCUUGUUGUUGCAUCGGAUGAAGAUAAUUCACCUUCUGUUAGGCUGUGGGAUGUGCGGAACGUAAUGUCACCUCUUAAAGAGUUCACGGGACAUACUAAAGGUGUAAUUGCGAUGGCUUGGUGUCCCAUUGACAGUUCCUAUUUGAUUACUUGUGCCAAAGAUAGUCGGACUAUUUGCUGGGACACUGUUUCUGGUGAGAUUGUCUGUGAAUUGCCUGCUGGAAACAACUGGAAUUUCGAUGUACACUGGUAUCCAAAGAUACCCGGGGUCAUAUCGGCAUCUUCAUUCGAUGGAAAAGUCGGCUUUUACAACGUUGAGGGUUGCAGUCGGUAUGGUGUUGGAGAGAAUGUGUUUGGUGCAGGUCCUCUGAGGGCUCCAAAAUGGUAUAAACGUCCUGUUGGGGCAUCUUUUGGCUUUGGUGGCAAGCUUGUGUGGUUUUGCCCUAGGUCCUCUCCUGCAGGUGUUCCAGCUGGUGGUUCAGAGGUUUAUGUGCACAACUUAGUUACUGAAGACAGUUUGGUUGGUCGAUCAUCUGAAUUUGAAGCUGCAAUACAAAAUGGCGAAAGGUCUUCGUUGAGGGUACUGUGUGAUAAGAAGUCACAAGAGUCUGAAGUGGAGGAUGACCGAGAAACUUGGAGCUUCUUGAAGGUUAUGUUUGAAGAUGAUGGGACAGCUAGGACAAAGCUGCUUGCCCACCUUGGUUUCAGUGUACCUACUGAUGAAAAAGAGAGUGACCAAGAUACUCUCUCCCAGGAAGUAAAUGCAGUUGGACUUGAGGAUGUUGUGGCGGAGAAGGUUGGAUUUGGGGAUGAUAAAGAAGCCACCAUUUUCCCUACUGAUAAUGGGGAAGACUUCUUUAACAAUAUCCCUAGCCCCAAGGCUGAUACACCUUUGUCAACCUCUCAUGAUAAUUUUGCUAUACCGGAUGCUGCGGAUGGUUUGGAACAAUUGCAACAAGAACCAGAUGGAGUUGGGGAGAGUGUCGACCCUACAUUUAAUGAUGGUGUCCAACGUGCUUUAAUUGUUGGAGAUUACAAGGGGGCAGUUGCACAGUGCAUAUCUGCAAAUAAAAUGGCUGAUGCUUUAGUUAUUGCCCACGUUGGCGGUCCAUCUUUGUGGGAGAGCACUCGUGAUCAAUACUUUAGGACGAGCCAUUCACCUUACCUAAAGGUUGUUUCUGCUAUGGUGAAGAAUGAUCUCUUGAGCAUUGUUAAUACUAGACCCCUGAAGUUCUGGAAAGAAACCCUUGCUCUUCUCUGUAGUUUUGCACAGAGAGAGGAAUGGACUGUGCUCUGUGACACACUUGCUUCUAAACUCUUGAAUGCUGGUAACACGUUGGCCGCUACUCUUUGUUAUAUUUGUGCUGGAAAUAUUGAUAAAACUGUGGAAAUCUGGUCGAGGAGUCUUCAAACUGAGCAUGAAGGGAAAUCCUACGUCGAUCUUCUUCAGGAAUUGAUGGAAAAGACGAUUGUCCUUGCGUUGGCAACCGGGCAAAAACGAUUCAGUGCAUCUUUGUGUAAGCUUGUUGAGAAAUAUGCUGAAAUCUUAGCAAGCCAAGGGCUUUUAACAACAGCCAUGGAGUACCUUAAACUUUUGGGCUCUGAUGAAUUGUCACCAGAGCUUGUGAUCUUAAGAGAUCGCAUUGCAUUGUCUACGGUACCUGAGAAAGAAGCUGUUGAAAACUCUCAAACACUAAGUGCAGCAGUAUAUGGUGCUGAUCAAUCCAAUUUUGGCUUGGUUGAUGCCUCUCAAUCUUAUUAUCAGGAAACAGCAACAUCACAUACGCAACCAAGUGUUCCUAGCAGUCAAUAUGGUGGGAAUUAUCAACAUCCUUCUGGUGCUCCUUAUGGAGGGGGAUAUGGUGCUCCUGGCUCAUAUCAGCAACCAAAUUUAUUCCUUCCAUCCCAGACACCGUCUCAGGUACCAAAUUUUCCAGCACCUCCUGUCGCCACUCAACCUGUCGCUAGGCCCUUUAUUCCUGCAACUCCUCCUGCACUGAAAAAUGCAGAGCAAUAUCAGCAGCCCACAUUGGGUUCUCAGUUGUAUCCUGGAACCACUAACCCUGGUUAUCAACCUAUUCCACCUGGGAUUGGUCCGGCUGCACCUGUUACAUCACAUCCGGGCUCAGUUCCUGGCCAUAAAAUGCCACAGAUGGUAGCCCCCUCCCCUCCCCCAAAGGGAUUUAUGCCAGUUAAUUCGGGGCUUGUUCAAAGACCUGGGAUGGGGUCACUACAACCACCCAGUCCUACUCAGGCAGCAUUGGCACAACCAACUGUUACACCUGCUGCUCCACCACCUACUGUACAGACAGUUGAUACUUCAAACGUUCCAGUCCACCAGAAACCUGUCAUUGCAACAUUGACAAGACUUUUCAAUGAGACAUCAGAAGCGCUGGGUGGUUCACGCGCAAAUCCAGCCAAGAAGCGUGAAAUAGAAGACAAUUCCAGGAAAUUAGGUGCCUUGUUUGCAAAACUCAACAGCGGGGACAUAUCCAAAAAUGCUGCUGAUAAGCUUGUUCAGCUCUGCCAGGCUUUGGACAAUGGAGAUUUCAGUACUGCUCUUCAAAUCCAGGUACUUCUUACAACUAGCGAGUGGGACGAGUGCAACUUCUGGCUAGCUACACUAAAGCGAAUGAUCAAGACUAGGCAGAACGUGAGAUUGAGCUGAAGAAAUAAUUGGAUAGGUAACAUUUUGCAUUGAGUGGGUUAAAUCUGCUUGGGCGAUAAUCCUUUCUUCAAUGUACACAAGAAUGGCUUCUUUAGAGUGCUAUUUUUGGAUGCUGUUAGUGGAGAUAGUUCUCAGGACAUUGAUAGAAUGGUGCCGAUUGUUUUUUAUUUAAUACUGGUAGUAGUUGGAAAUAGUUUUUCUUUUCUUCUUUUUGAAUUCUAAAAAUUCAUAGAUGCUUUACCUUUCCUUUUUCAAUGUUUUCGGUCUCAGUGAGCUGGUACAAGCUGUUUUCUGUUGUCACCUAGUGUCCUUAUUUUGGCCACAAAAAAUUGUACCACCUUUGUGAUGUUAUUAUUAAUAGAAACGCACAGUUUUGAAUAAUAAUAUAACAUGUUUCGUUGA